AAAAACAGUAAAUCUGACACAUCGGGGAGAAAAUAACAAGCAGUUUUGUCAGGACAAGAGGAAGGCAGAGUGUAGAGCAUGUGAGAGACUCUCCUGCUGAUUCUCAGAGCCACUUAGGUGUCGAAGCGAAGGAGAAGAAGCGAAGAGAUGAGCAGAGCAGAGGAGGAGUGAAGCUUUUUAUUGUUAGUGAGGGGGAGCUCUAUAACUCUUCGGGUGUCGCUUAAGAGGAGGAGGAGGAGGAGGCAGGGGCAAAUCCUGGUCUCUUGAGAGAGAGAGAGAGACAAACACAGAGAGAGAGACCGAGAGAAGAGGAGGGGACAAGCUGACAGCAAUACAGGAAGAGCAGGGCUGGCAGACGAUGUGCUGCUAACUCAAAUACAAAUGCUCCAGACCAUUUACGAGGCUGACUCCUGUUUCUCCGCAGACAUCAUCGGGAAACACCGGCUGCCUCCGACCCCUCACGACACUGACAUGCACAACGUCAACAACUCAGUGGACAUUAAGCCAGAGGUUCCACUGGCUCUUGAUCCGGGCUCCCCACUGGACCUACGUACAGACGUUAGGAUGCAGAGCUCUGCUUCAGAUCCCAAUGUGUGGGAAAGACAACUUCAACAAGAGCUGCUCCUCAUUCAGAAACAGCAGCAGAUUCAGAAACAGUUACUCAUCAGUGAGUUCCAGAAGCAACACGAGAACCUGGUUCGCCAGCAUCAGGCCCAGAUACAGGAGCAUUUGAAGUUGCAGCAGGAGCUACUUGCUAUGAAGCAACAACAGGAGCAGCUGGAGAAAGAGAGGAAACUAGAGCUCCAGAGUCAGGAGAGAGAACUGGAGAGACAUCGUCGUGAACAACAAGUCCUGGUUCUCCGCAACAGAGAGAAGUGCAGAGAGAGUCUGACAGGUGCAGUGGCCAGCACUGAGGUCAAGCAGAAACUCCAAGAGUUUCUGUUGAGUAAAUCCACCAAAGACGGUACAACCAAUGGGGUCCCCCAGAGCUCCAGACUCUGGUACACGGCCUCCCAUCACACCUCUCUGGAGCAAAGUUCACCUCCUUUGGGAGGAGCGUCCUCCUCCUGCAAGAUCUCCCUGCUCUCCCCACAAGACUCCCGGGACGACUUUCCUCUGAGGAAGACAGUCUCAGAGCCCAAUCUGAAGGUGCGGUCCAGGUUAAAGCAGAAAGUUGCCGAGAGGAGAAGCAGCCCGCUUCUUAGGAGGAAGGAAGGGAGCAUCAUGACACCUUUCAAAAAGAGAGCCCUGGAGCUUCUGGAAUCCACAGCCAGCAGCAGUGCUCCAGGAUCGGGGCCCAGUUCACCCAACGGGGCCUGCAGUGCCUUGGGGGCAGAAAACGGACCCUCCUCUCUACCAGUCACCACACGUACUGAGAGAUGGCCGUCACAGCCGAGGUUAUUAAGGCCUGAAAGCUCAGUGUCUAUGUUAAAUCUCUAUACGUCUCCAUCGCUCCCCAAUAUCUCUCUGGGUCUCUCUGCUGCCUCUUCUCCCAUCAGUGGUGCUCUAGGACUUCAGGAGAAGCAUGUUGAGGGUGGUGGUGUAUCCGCGGUCAUCCAAGGUUUGCCCACCCAACUUCUGGGUCCUGUGCCCAUGUCUGUUGCAAUGGAGGCCAAAGUGAGCAGCAGCCACCAAGCGCUCCUGCAGCACCUCCUCCAGAAAGAGCAGCUCCGCCACCAAAAGAUCCUCUCUACUGGUCAAAGUCCAGUGCAUCCUCCUUCUCCACUGGCCAUGAUGGAAACCUCUCCAAGCAGCACCCGACCCAAACUGCCUCGUCACCGGCCCUUGAACCGAACCCAGUCGGCUCCACUGCCCCAGGGCACACUAGCUCAACUUGUGAUUCAGCAGCAACACCAGAACUUCCUGGAGAAGCAGAAACAGUACCAGCAACAGGUCCACAUCAACAAGAUGCUUUCGAAAUCGAUCGAGCAGCUUCGUCAGCCGAACAUCCACCUGCAGGAGUCCGAGGAGGAAGAAGGAGAGGAGAUUCAUGAGGAGACCAUGCAGGAGGACAGCUCGCCCUCUGGUGGCGUCAUCAGAAAGCACAGCCCGGACAGCCGCCGCAGCACCACCUCUGCUUCACCCACCGAGCCACUGGACUCUCACCGCGGAGUCAUCCGGGUGAAAGAGGAGCCCGAUGCCAGUGACGAUGAGACUAUGGCUACUCAGAGCCUGGCCGACAAGCAGAGCUCCUACAUUCACCACGUUAAAGGCAGGAUGGUGAUCCAGGCCAUGAUCUGAAACGACAGAUACAUCUUCACACUCACACAUGAAGACACAGGUUAACAUACACGCCACAUGCUUACACGACACAGAGCCAUUGCUUUGGGAGCUUCAGAACUGGUCUCAUUCGUGAACUUGUGAAGUGAUCUCGGUAUUGUACGUUGUAUGUUUUGUAUAUAAUUGAAUAAGAGGAGAAUUUAGCCAACUUGGUCUUUUAAAUGCGAAGAAGCAGUUUUUGAUUGUUUGUUGAAAUAAUAAUUUAAGAAAUCCUUUCUACUUUCUCCCCAGCCUUUGGGAAACAACAACUUGGAAGGUCUUGUAGGAUAUUUCGGUGAUUUCCCAUGGCACUAUGGAUUUCUUAUAGAUCUUUCUUUGCUUUUUAUGAAUGUUAUUAUAAAUUUGUAUGAUGAAAAAAAAAAAACUCGGUUUGCUGAGAGAAUCCCAAAUUGUAGGGAAACAAAUUUCAGUAACCAUGAAACUCAACACAACAACAGAAUAAAAGGAAUAUUCUGAAGUUAAACUCAGUUAACCGCACUUAUAGGAUAAUGCUGAUAAUCACAAAUAAAAAAUAAAUAAAACAAUGGUUCAUUGGGCACCAAUAGUUUGAUAAUAUAAUUAAUAAAAUAUUUUUUUUCUAUUGAAAGUUGUCUAUUAUUUGAGCUGUAAAGUUCUUGUCAUCAUUUUGGGGUUUUAGACAUUCUGUUGUCUUGCAAUUGGAAGUUGAUAUAACUUUACACAGAAAGAAUUACUAAGCAAUUUUUCAUACUAAAAUCUUAUUUUUUAGGUACUAAAAAUGGUAUUGUUACAGAUUGGCCUCAUUCAUUUCCUGCACUGCUCUAGUAAUCGAUAUUAAGUUGAGUGAUGACUGUUGAUUGAGCUCAACAUGUAUUGAAACCCAGAAUAUUCCUUUAACAGUUGGAGCAAGACAUUCUGUGUUCCCUGUUCUCCUGUGGCCCAAAUCGAAGGCUGCCCUGGAUCGUGAGCAGCUCUGCUCCUCGCUGAAUUUUGAGAGGGAGAGAAUUGUAGAGGAAAUGCCUGGUGGAAGCCAGGAAUCAGAAUGAUUCAUGAGCGCAGGAAUGCUGGGAGAGGACAACUCCACGCUGAAGUCAGAGAGCCCAGCAGUGAGCUCUGAUUUACUGUUGAGGCAAAUUACAAAGUGAGUGAGGAGACGGCGGGGGGAGCCCCCUUUUAAAACCAAUCAUUUCCUCUGUAUUCCCAUGUGAUGUGUUUACCACGACAUGCAGGCUUGAUGUUACUUUGGUAGAAAAAAAAAAGGUAAUCAUUCUGUUCUCUCCUGAGGCAAUGUUGCAAGUCGUUGGCCGUCUUUCUUCAUGAAGUGCUCGGAUCAACUCGUGUGAUAGUUUCAAGAAACGUACUAUUGUCAUUUUUUGUUAGUGAGCCACCUUUCCUGUAUUUUUAUUUCAAACAUUCGGUGUAAAACUGUUCGUUUUUGUGACUGAGAUCCUCUGAAAAAAAUACAAAUAAAACAACUUAAAGAGGAAAACCUGUUUAAUUGAUGUGAGCCGUCACCCUGUCCACAAAAAGCCUGUGAGUCAACCUGAGCUGGCCUGUUUCGUUCCUGUUGUCUGUUCCACUGAUCUGGAUGUGAAUAAGAACUGUCCGCUAGGGAUAUAUUGUCACAUUUAGUUUGUAACUGUACGCAUUCCCUUGUCACAGAUCACCUUUUUUUAAAUAAAGUUCUUUUCCAUCCUGUA